AUGACUUUCCUUCUUAGAGAGAUUUUACUUGAAGGCCUUGGAAUCGAGAGUGAUUUAAAUUGGGGAACAGAUGAAACAGGCAUAUCAGCAAUCGAUUUAAAACUCCUUCCGCCUGGAUCUGGUGCUUUGAUUGCCAAAAUUGCAGAACUAGGCAAAAUAUUUAAAAGACUCGAAGAAGCGACAGAAGAACAAACAGAAAAUCCAUAUAGACAAGCAAUAUUAGAUUCAGUAGAUAGUUAUUUAGAUUCAUACCGUACAUCUAUCUUAGAAGCAGAUACUCAAAUAUGCGAUGAUUUAUUAACAACAAUAACUGCUUUGACAGCACAUCUUGAACCAUUCCAACACGAGCUCAAAUACAUUAAUAAAAUUUUUCAACCAUUAAUUUCAUUAAAACCACUGCAAAUGCUCAACAAAAUACACGAGAAUGUAGUUACUUCGCCACCACCAAUAGAUAAAAAGCUCGGCGUUAUAGAACAUUCGUUACAUCAAGUUGCGAUUGCUCAACUUGACGGAUACUUAUAUUUUCAUCAAAAAUUGCCUGAUAUAUUUGAGUUUAAAGAUAAUAGAAUCAUAUAUUCAAGCACAGAAUCAGCUGAUUUCCUUGAUAAACGAAAUUCCGAUUUGCUACUACUUAUUGUUAACGUUACAUCAGACUGUCCUGAUCUUUUCGAUAAGACCGAUCCUCCUGGUCUCGAUAGAAUGGAGCAAUGGAUCAAUGUUGUUUCUCAUGUGAUGUCAGCUCUUCUUGCUCAGAGAUUACAGCAGCAAUGGCCAAAAUAUUACGAUUCCUUAUCACUUUUAUUUACAAAACGUUCAGAUUACUCCUCAAUUAUUUCUUGUCGUCUAUUGUUACCUAAUGCCACAGCUUACAACAUUGAUUUCGUUAUAAAGAAGCUUGGAUUCCAGGUAAAGAUAGUUCCAGAACUGAAAUGGCCAAAGUUUACACUUAAAUGUAAUUUACAACCUCCUCUCGACAUGGUUGUAACCCAAGAACAUCAGCAAUUCAUCUCAGAUCUAACCCAUUUCUUAUAUUCCUUAUCAAUAACAGAUGAAUCUCUCAAAGAUUUAUGGGUUAUCAUGAAAAAGAAGACACAAUCAUUCAGAUUCAUCUCAAAAAUUAUGUCUUUGGUCAAAGUUAUCAAAGACCAUUUAGUUUUUGCCAUAAUUGUUCCAAGUUUGGCAAUGCUCUCCCGAGAUCCAUCAAAAAUCACAGAUUACUUGAGAUUUAAAGCCCAAUUUAAUGGGUUUAUAACAAAUCUAAGAAGUUUAUUCCCUGCAGAUAAUGAAGAUCUGUUCAAAGCUGUUCAUUCCAUUCAACAAGCAAUUGUUGAUACUCGAGGUCUUCUUUGUUUUAGAAUAGAUACAAGUGGACAGACUGAUGAACAAAUUCUUGAUCAGUUGCUUGAGAUCUCAUCAACAGUUAAUAAAGAUAUCAGAACAAUUGCUGAAACCCUCAACACUGGAUCAGAACAAGGAAUUGAAACUAUUCGUACAAUUGAAAGAAUUAUUGGAAGUUCAACCGCAUAA